AGAGAAACAUGCAAAGCUCUGUUGAGCAGCGGAUACAGUAAGUUUGGUCGAUUUUCAUCGACAACGGCGGAACAAAAAUGGCGAUAGAUUCAAAAAAUGACGUACCAUGCUGUUUAUCACAAAGAUGGAUUUUAUCUUACAUAAGUUGUUGGGCUUUUGUUAUGGUAUACGCUAUACGGAUUAAUUUUAGUGUUGCCAUUGUAUGUAUGGUUGAUCCAACUAGUAAUUUUAAUAGUACAUUUGAUACCAGUUUUAAUGGAAAUUAUACCAACUCUACAGAAUCAAAUGUCCUUAUUAAUAAAAACCAGGGUGAAUUUGAUUGGCCCAAGUCAGUGCGAUCAAGUUUAUUAGCCAUGUAUUACUAUGGUUAUAUCCUACUUCAAAUUCCCGGUGGCUGGGUAGCGACACGAUUUGGUGGCAAGAGAGUUCUGGGUUUGAUGACAUUUAUAACAUCUAUACUUACCCUUUUAACACCUGUGUGUGCCAGACUUCAUGUUAAUGCUCUAUAUGCUAUACGAUUUAUGAUAGGAUUCUGUGCAGGUGUUUCCUUCCCAGCCAUGCAUUCCAUGUGGGGCAGAUGGGCACCUCCUCUAGAAAGAUCAAAACUAAUGGGUCUUUCGUAUUCAGGUCCAACUAUUGGUGUUAUAUUAACGUAUGCUGUAUCAGGUUUAUUAUGUGUUUAUGGUUUUGACAAUGGUUGGGGAUCUAUAUUCUAUGUUACUGGUAUUGUUGGCAUAUUAUGGUCUAUUACAUGGUAUUUUAUGAUACACGAUACACCACAAGAGCAUACCAGAAUAACGCCCGCAGAAAGAAGAUAUAUAGAAAAUUCUAUUGGCAGUCGACCACAACUUAAGGUUCUUAAAACUCCUUGGGUAAAGAUGUUCACAUCGUCAGCUCUAUGGGCGUGUCUGGUAUCACACGUGUGCAAUAACUGGACUAACUAUACAUUACAGACUAGUUUACCGUUAUUUAUGAGAGAAGUACUAGAAUUUGAUAUCAAACAGAAUGGAUUUUUAUCAGCAGUACCGUAUCUAUGUAAUAUUAUAUCAGCUAAUACUAGCGGUCAUAUUAUAGAUUAUAUAAGAAGUAAAGGCUACUGUAGUACAGGAGUGGCAAGAAGAUCAGUACAAACCAUUUCUUUUGUGGGCCAGUCAGCCUGUUUGGUUGCUGUGGGAUUUAUGGGAAAAGAACAGAGGCAUAUUGCCGUUGUUUUCCUCUCUUUAUCCAUGGCUUUUACUGGAUUAAAUAAAGGUGGAUACGUCAUCAAUCAUGUAGAUUUCGCACCUAGAUUUGCAGGUACAUUAUUUGGAAUAACUAAUACAUUCGCUACUGUCCCUGGUAUGGUGGCGCCUAUUGUUGCUGGCGUGCUUACUCCAAACAGAACUGUAGAAGAAUGGAGAGUGGUGUUUUACGUUUGUGCUGGAAUUGGCAUUUUUGGAGCUAUAUUUUUCGCAGUAUUUGGAAAGGGUGAAGUACAGGACUGGGCACGUGAUCCAGAAUUAGAACAUGAAAUAGACGUCAUGCAGCCUUUAAAAAACCCAGAUGACAAUACCGAUGAAGAAUCGAAUAUUUACCGAAAGAAAUUUAAAAACUGAAUAUUACCUAACCGUUUUUAAAAUUAGAUUUUAGGAUUCGUUAUGGUUUAUAAUAUGCAGAUCUACUUUAUAAAUUGGUAGAAAAUAAUCGUUGUUAAAACUAAUAGCCUAAUUCUGAAAGUAAAAAUCCUAGCCAGUGUAUACUGGUUAUAUUUUUCAAGAAUCCCGUCUUCAUUAGCCCAGUCGGCGCCGAAAAGUAGGAUGUUAACCCCAUUUUAAUUUAUUUGCCAAGAAAGAGAAUGAGUCUAUAUGCUUAAAAUAUUGUAUUCGAAAUAACUUGCAUUCACAAUAAAAGGCAGCUGUGUACUUCAAUAAAGGCAAUUGGGUUGGCCAUUAUGUUCCUAUUAUACAACUAUCCAAUGUCAAUGUAUAUGAUCAAAAAUAAAUAAAACACAAUUUAAAUCGGAUUUUGUUCAGAUUGUAGAUAGUGUUAAAAAAAAGUGCAUUCUCAGUAACCAAAUUUUUGAAUACACUUACUUUACUAAAAUAAAUAGACUG